AUGAAGGACCUUGGAGCAGCUUCAAGAAUACUUGGGAUGAACAUUAUCAGAGACCGGAAGAAAGGAACUCUAAAACUAUCACAAGGGAAGUAUCUACAGAAGGUGCUGGAAACUUUUAACAUGGCAGAGAGCAAAGCUGUGGUUACACCUAUCGGACCACAAUUCAAACUUAAAAGUUUGACACAAGAAGAAGAGCACGUGGAAGCAAGUUUCAUGAACGUGAUUCCAUACGCAUCAGCCGUUGGAAGUUUACUGUAUUCAAUGGUGGGAUCUAGACCAGGCUUAUGUUUCGCAGUGGGCUUAAUCAGCCGUUAUAUGAGCAAGCCAGGAAAAAAACAUUGGGAAGCGGUUAAGUGGGUGAUGAGAUAUCUUAAAGGAGCUCUAGAUUCAGAUCUAUUGUUUACUAAAGGAGAAGAUUUUAUGGUACAAGGAUUCUGCGAUGCAGACUAUGCAACAGACUUGGACAGAAGAAGAUCCGUUACAGAAUAUGUGUUUCAAGACGGAGGCAACACUAUAAGCUGGAGAUCAGGUCUCCAACAUAUUGUUGCACUAUCAACGACAGAAUCAGAAUACAUGGCAUUAGCCGAGGCUUUUAAAGAAGCAUUAUGGCUUAAGGGAUUUGUUAGUGAAUUAGGAUUCAAGCAAGAUGACGUGAGAGUGUUUUCAGAUUCUCAAAGUGCUAGACUACACUUUAUGAGAGACGUAAUUGAGGCUGGCGACGUUACGGUUCACAAGAUUCACACAUCUAUCAACCCUGCAGAUUUUCUAACUUAG